AUGGAUACUUAUGCAGCUUACCUUAUUUAUUUAGCUGGUGUGUUAUUGUGCUGGAUUGUCUUUGCGGGCGAACACUAUCACUGGCGACGGCUGCACGGAGACUGGUUUCUGCAAAGUCGCAAUCUGGGUGUUGGCCCUGAUAGUAAAGCUCUCAAAACAUUGAAUUUGUUUGCAUAUGGCACAUAUAAAGACUACACUUCAAAGCCUAGUGACUAUUUGGAACUAACUCCUGCACAGAAGAAGAAGUUGCAGCAUUUGACUAUUGUCACACUUGCCACACAGUCAAAAUGUUUAUCAUACUCAGAGUUACAAAAAGAACUGGAUAUCAAGAAUGUCAGAGACCUGGAAGAUCUAAUAAUUGAAGCUGUGUAUGCAGACAUUAUCCAAGGAAAACUAGAUCAGAAAAACAGCAACUUAGAAAUUGACUGUGCUAUAGGUCGAGACAUUCGCCCUGAAGAUGUAAACAUUAUCGUCAACUGUCUACAAGAAUGGUCAUCUGCUUGUGAUGGAGUUUUGAGCUGUGUAGAGACACAAAUUCAUCGCGCUAACAAUGAAAAGAACAAAAAUGUCCAAAGAAAAACUGAUAUUGAACAAGAGAUUGUGAACAUAAAAAAGACACUUAAGACGCAGCUACAGGAGAGGAACGAAGUGAACGACGAGGUUAUGGCGACGGAUAGCCGUGAAGCGACCGCCAGUGGCGAGAAGGGCAAAAAGUCGUACAAAGGCAAAGGUAUACGCUCGAGUAGCAAGUUUUGGCUCAAAUCCUAAACACCUGCAUCUAGCGAAUUGCGAAUGCAUAACUGCGUAAUGAAUAAUAUUAAAUUAAUAACUAAUCUUACUUUAUAACGGCAGAUUGCGAUAAUGGUGACUGUAGUUUUCUCUGUUGAAACAAACCACUAAUCAAGAUGGCGUCAAAAUUUGUGUGUGAAACUAGAUGUCAUAAUAGUAUGUCAAAUGGUCUGUCAAAAUGACUGUAGUACCUACUACCACUAACAAUUGUUUAACUUUUGCUCUUUGAGUUGAUUUGAUUUUUGUUUUUGAUUGUCUUUGCCCACAGAGACAACAAUAAAAAAAUAUUUAACACUGA